GGGAAGAAAAAAACUUAUAUAACAACCCACGGCCAGCCAAUGCUCUUUAGUUAAGUGACGACCUUCGUACGGUCAAGAUCAGUUUUGGAAAAGUCUUCUCCCCUCCCCGGAAGGAAAAGCGGACGACGUACAGCAGCACAGCAGCUUCGUUAGGCGAAACCCAGCACCAAGCUUCGACUUGGACACUAUUCUGCAGUAGCAAUCAUCGCAUUGCUGCUCGCGUUCGGUUUUUUUGCCGUUUAGGGGGUUCGACCUGUAAAGGUGUGUGACGAGUGGGUGUUGUUCUGUGUCGUCUCGGUGUGCUAGACACUUUUCAGUGAAAAGUGUAGUUUUUGCUUUUAUUUCCCACCCGUACCCGGAGGUGAAAACGUGUGCACGCAAAAUUGAGCCGCUCGCCGCUAAGUGAUUUCCGACGCAAGUGGAAAAAAAAAAACAGCAGCAGCAUCAACGGCCCACCCCAUCUGAACACCAAUCGACUCGAGAAUACUGUUAGUGGAAAAUUGCCUCCAGCACGUAGCGCAGUUCGAUUCCUUCUGCAUCUGCAAACAAUUUGCUACACUACACACACACACGCGCGCACAUACGAAGAGGGAAGAAAAUUCCCCAAAACCGCAAAGAACAAGUGUCUGCAAGAGUGUGAACGAGAGUCCGAGAUCCGUUUGCCGAGUGUUUUGUGUGUCUGUGCUCAACAAGCAGUGAAAAGCAGCAUUAGCAUUUUCUGCCGGAAAAUUCCCCUGCCGUAACAUCGAACUACUCUGUGGUACUGCCACAAAACCAGUGGUGUUGUAGAACCGAAGCGAUAACUUCAACCGAGGCGAACCAAACGCACCAGCCAACAAAAAUAACAGCGCCACCUACAACGAAAGCCGUAGCGCGCGCAAUCGAUAGAAAAUAAUAGAUUUGAUCGAGUUUUUACAACAGCUCAACCAGCAAACCAACAAACAAAACACUCAUCCGUCAAGAUGUGGCCGAGAUCGUUGCGCUCCCUGUUGCUGACGUGCUUGCUGUUAGCGUCCUCCUCGCCGAGCAUAGACGCUGCGAAGAGGCGAUCCCGGCUCGAUCUGCCCAUCUCUAAGCCGGCGGACGCACCGCUCGAGGACAAUCUGGCCACCGCGUCCGGAUCCGAGCCGGCGUACGAGCGCGUCGAGGCACCGGCCGCGAUCACACCGGCCGCCGCCGCCACCAGUGCGGGUACUUCCGCCGAGACGGAAUCGUCCGCCAACGCUAGCGGAAGCGGAAGCGCGGAAAACAGCAGCCAGAUGAUCGACGAGUACUCGGACGAGGAGUGCGAUCCGGACUUUAUUGCGUUCGAGCUGGUUACCGGGUACGUCUUCUCGGCACCGAACAAGCUGCUCGACUCGAUGCCCGGCACGCUGAUGCUGACCGACUGUCUCGAGGCCUGUCAGAACAAUGAUUCGUGCGCGUCCGUCAACUACGAAACCGGCCUGUGUGUGCUGUUCUCGUCAAACUCUGACAAAUUACCAGGUGCCCUCACAAAGUCGCAGUUCCCGGUGUUCACGAUCUACGCACAGAAGUCCUGCCUGAAGCUGCGGCCGUGCGAGCGUGCCUGGUGCAUCGACAGGGUGCAAGGUUACAAGCUGAACGGACACGUCAAGCGCACCGCCCAGGUCGUUUCGCGCCGCGACUGUAUCGAGAUGUGCCUCGGCGAGAACGAAUUCACCUGCCGCUCGGCCAACUUCUACCAGACCACGAUGACUUGCGAGCUGUCCGAUAUGGACCGCAUCACGCUGGCCGGCUCGUCCGCCUUCCAGACGAACGACGGUGCCGACUACCUGGAGAACAACUGCGCGGAGGAGCCGACGAAGCUGUGCGAGUUCAAGCGCCUGUCCGGCCGCAUCUUGAAGACGGUCGACUCGGUCUACCAGGACGUGGCGAGCGUGGACGAGUGCCGGGAGCUGUGCCUGAGCUCGCCGUACCGCUGCCACUCGUACGACUACGGAGAUACCGGCGAUAUGGUGUGCCGCCUGUCCCAUCACAGCCGCGCCACGCUGUCCGACAUUCAGGAUCCCUACCUGGACGUGCCGGAAGCGGCCACCUACGAGCUGUCCUCGUGCUACAACGUGUCGAUUGAGUGCCGCGCCGGCGACAUGAUUGCCAAGAUCCGCACCUCGAAGCUGUUCGACGGCAAGGUGUACGCCAAGGGUUCGCCGAACUCGUGCUCGGUCGACGUGAAGAGCUCGCUCGAGUUUGAGCUGCGCAUGGGCUACCAGGACAUUGACUGCAACGUGCGCCAGAACGGGCUCGGCCGCUACCUGAACGAUGUGGUCAUCCAGCACCACGACACGAUCGUGACGUCGAGCGAUCUGGGGCUGGCCGUCACCUGCCAGUACGAUCUGACCAACAAGACCGUCUCGAACGAUGUCGAUCUGGAUGUGACGGGCGAUAUCGAGCCGGCCCUGUCGGAGGAGGUCGUCGUGGACUCGCCGAACGUGGUGAUGAAGAUUACGACGCGCGACGGCAGCGAGAUGAUGCGCACGGCCGAGGUGGGCGAUCCCCUGGCGCUGCGCUUCGAGAUCCUGGACCCGCAGUCCCCGUACGAGAUCUUUGUCCGCGAGCUGGUCGCGAUGGACGGCGUGGACAGCAGCGAGAUCACGCUGAUCGAUGCGCGCGGCUGCCCGACCGACCACUUCAUCAUGGGCCCGAUCUACAAGAGUGCCAGCUCGGGCAAGAUACUGCUGUCGCACUUCGACGCGUUCAAGUUCCCGUCCUCGGAGAUGGUGCAGUUCCGCGCGCUCGUCACACCGUGCAUGCCGACCUGCGAGCCGGUCCAGUGCGACCAGGACGAUUUCGGUGGCGAGCUGCGCUCGAUGGUGUCGUACGGGCGCAAGCGGCGCUCGGUGAACGCGACGACGAGCGCGGUGCUGGAGGCGGUCGCACGCCACCGCCGCGAGACAACACGCCAAGCGCCGCAGGACGACAUGCUGCUGGUGCAGUCGAUUCAGAUCACCGACAAGUUCGGGUUCGAGAAGCAGCAGGGCGCCAAACCGAAGCUCAGCAGCAGCGAAACCGUGUUCGUUGCCAACGAUGGCCAGGGCAUCUGCGUGAAUGGAUUGGGUCUGAUCGUUGCCGGUGCCGUGUUCCUGCUCGGCCAGCUGGCCGUCAUUGCCAUCUGGACCUAUCUGUGGCAGCGUCGCCGAAAGCAGCGCCAGUUCGAGAACGCCUCGAUGGGCUCGUCCGUUGUGCCGACCCCGACGCUCACCGGUAGCCGGGCGGACUCGAUGUGCAAGCUGUACGACAGUGGUUACGCGGGCAGGCACUUUUAAAAGCCUAAACCAGGCAGCCAAACGCUAACCACAAACCCCACCAAAAUUGACAACAACAAAAACGAAAAAACAGCAGAAUAUUUUUAGCGCUAAACGAGCAAAACAAAAAAAAAAGACUUCCGACACAUAAUGUAGACAGUGACACAACUACGGAAAUUUAAAAACAAACGAAUACGAAAUCUAUUUGUAUGGGCGCGCGCCAUCGGGUGCAGGAAUGUCCGCUUCAUCUAAGCGCUCACAAACCCGGCCGGAUUUAGGAUUGGCCGCCCGGGAAACGCAUUCAAGGACACAUAAGCAUAAGGCGCUCUUGUCAUAUUCGGUGCUUGCGUAAGUAUGUGUUCUAGAUCUUCGGAACAGUAAAGCGCCUUCAGUAAAGGAGUCUUUUUUUAAGCAAACGAGCACAUAACUCACACAAUUACUCGAUCGAAGGAAGGAGUAGUCGAAGAUGGAAAAAACAAAAACGAACAAAGAUCAUUCAAUCAUUCUAUCAAUAAUCAUUUUAUCACCAUUUUCAUGAAAAAAAAAACGAUCAUACAAUUUAAAAAACUCACACAGACACAUUGGAGAAAAGGACGACUAGAAUAUAAAAACAAAACAACAGAGGGACAACAUGAGUUGUAAAACUAAAAAGCAAAAUGGGGAUUUUGGCAAAAGGGCAAACGUUUAGCAGGAAACAUUAAUUAGGGAACGGGUUUGGUAGGGACUGUUUGUAUGUGUGUGCGUGUGCAUGUGCGUGUAUGCAGAUGGGGUGUGAUUGUGAUAGGCAUUACGAAUUAAAUCGCAAAAGAAAAGCUUCUUCCGUUUGUGAGACUGAUCUGUGUGUGUGUGUGUGUGUGUAUGUGUGAAACGAAAGCGACUGUAGCGUGAAUGUAAGUGGUUGCAUUGCCAUGCGCUUUUGCGCCAUAAUUUGGCGCAAGUGCACGUGUGAUGGAACAUGUGUGUGUGCGUGCGUGUAUGUGCGGUGUGAUAGAAUUAGUAGCAACUGUUUCGACUUCACUGCGAAGAAGAAGAAGAAGAAAAUACACACACACGCAGACAAAAUUUACCUAGCUAAAUGCGAAGCUAAAUAGUAUUAACGGUAGGACAGACAGGAUCACCCUUUUCCCCUAAUGCGUUAAAUCUUCCCCAUCCACGGUUUCCAGUCCAGAGUGUUGGAAGGUUUUGAAUUGCAAACAAAAAAAAACAGACACACACACGAGGGGAAGCAUUGACCAAUAUCGGUAGUAUCGAGCGCAGUGUAUAUCCAUUUGUCCUUUUCUCCGGACUUUAAGGCCACACCCGCGUGCCCGGUGUACGUCGUCGGUGGAUUAUGCGGCGAUCGUGUUGCAGACGGAGGGAGGUUUGGAAAGCCCUCGUAAGACCGCAACAACGAUCACAGUACGCUCAAUGGGUAAUUCAAAUGAAACCGGGAAACUGAACGCUUUUAUUUGAGUUGCACAUUGGGUGAAUGCAAAACCCAGUAGUACACAGUACAGGGAAAAAGGAUGGCAGCUGUUUUUUUCUCUUUUUUAUUUCUAAAAGAAAAAAGCCUCAUCUCAUUUACGGCGCCCGUCAACGCCGGUGCAAAUGUGUGGCCUUAAUUUUAAGCAUUUAUCGUAAUUUAUUUUUACUCAAUAAUCCCUAACUUUUAUUAGUUCUUUGAAGCGUCGUAAGCAUGAGGUGAGCCGACACUCGUAUUUAUCUUCUCCAGUCGCGUCGCGGCGGGUGGUGUCUUGCGGUGCCUCUAUCCCUCCCUUUGUAAUUUAAUAGCAGCGAGCGAACAAAUCAUACUCAGUACGCAAAGGCGCCGAGAUACAAGCGAGUGCUGUACUUUCCUUAUCGUUCUACUUUUUUUUUCCUUUUUUUGGCUCAGCAGCAUAUUCAUAUCUUCUACAAAAGAAGAACACAAAACAAAAAAACUGACAAACAAAUGUGACCCAGUGGACAGUCUGCUGUAUUACCUUGCAAACGGAACUGCCACCGAGCGCGAAGGCAGCCGGCAUACAUCAUUCGCAAUACAACUAACCUUAGCCAGCAGUAAGCAAACACAUAACAAUAGUUUAGUAGCUGGAUAGAAAAAGGUGCGUCCAAGUGUCUUUGCCACUAAAAAAAGGUGCGCACAAUUUUUUUCCGAUCGUACCAACAUGUUCAUAGCUUCAACAAACACUUUUGCUAUGGCAAAACGUUAUUUUUUCGCAAAAAAAACAGUUCAUCUUCUACGACCAGGAAGGUUUUUUUCAACAAUAUAUCAUUAAUAGCAUUCAUUGCUCCAUUAAACAUUUCUAAACUCUACACCAUGAAAUACAAAACGAAAGUAAUGCAAAACAAACGAAAUGAAAGAGGAAAAAAGGAGACGGCAAAAAAUUUACAAAAAAAAACAGACACACAAACACCGUAUUAAAGUCAAACAACGUAAAUGAUAAUUUAACUUAAUUUAAAUGUAAUGAAAUCAAAUUAACAUUAACUUAAUUGCGCGUAAAACAACCUUAGGCUAGUAUAGAAUGGAAAACGUUGGAAACUAGGUGGAGAUAGUGCAGAAGCAGUAGAAAAAGGGAGAACGUUUACGCCAGGCGCCGAAUCGAACCGAACCGGCCAAUCAAUCAAUCAACGCAAUGCGAUCGGAUUUUUAUUCGAACGAAACAUUGCGCAAUAAGUACUACUUAUACAUACAAUACAUAUGCAUAUGUUUUCUAUGUAUUCGCAAGGCCGCGCACCUGCUGCGUCGUUUCCGCCGGACCAGCGGGCAGGGAAACGGUUAUGCAGCAGUGGCCCUCACCAAACGGACAUCGGUUGGCAAGCGAACAGAUAGGAAAACGUUUAUACUGUAAUGUGAAACAUUAUUUUAAUAAAGUGAAUAAAUUUAAAAA